CCUUCCGCCAUAUUUUCUUUGCCAAAAUGUGUUCCAAAUCCAAGGCCAUCGCCUCCUGCAUCAUCAUCGUCUUCCUCCUCCUCUUCACAUUUUCUUCUUGUGCUUCAGCCGCCCGCCCUCAACCUGCAGCUCCAUACGCACAUCAUGCUACUCCAAUCAAAGUUCAAUACCUGGUUGAAGAAGAUAGCUGCGAUGGAAUAGAGGAAGAAGAACGCCUGAUGAGAAGAACACUUGCUGCUCACCUUGAUUACAUCUACACCCAGAAGAACACCAACCCCUGAUUUUCACUUCCCACCUCCACGCUUUUACUUUACAUGUACAUGAACUUGUGUAUCAUGUUCGAUCUUUAGUUUUGGAUGUUUUUAUUAUAUAUGUACUGAAUAAGCUUAGUGUUGGAUUCUUCUAUUCAUGUAGGUCAACCUUUCUGGUUGUGAGCUCUGUAAUACGUAUGUUCAUGUCCCCGAUAUAUUCUCUCUAUAAUAUUCGUGUCUGAUAUAUAAA